AUGUCCUAUCCUCUAUUCUGCUACUCCUUGCGCAAGCGCCCUGUUUGGGACACCUUGGUCCCGGCGCUUCUACAAGGAGGCAACGGCGUCAGGUGGAAAGAAGCUAAACUUGAUACUCACGACGUUGCCAUCCCCAUACCGAAUCCUGGCGGCACACCUCAUAGGGUUCUACGGGCUAUUCUAUUAUUACCAUCAGAAGUUGGUAACGAGGGAAGCCGCAUCCGAAUCCGACGACUGUCCAGCUUGGAUGGUGGACAGGAUGUCGUGCUUGUCUUCUUGCUUGAGCAAGGACAUGGUCAAGCAAGCCCUAUGGCUGCCCUCAUGACACUCCAGCUAGAUCUUAUAAACGACGAGGUCGAAGUACCCGUUAUUCCUGCCAACUCGGUUCAAGACGUGCUGACUAACUUAAUGGCAUUUCAUCGUCAGAGAAGCAUUAGUGAAAGGUCCCGGAAGACAGCGAAUCCAGUUCAAACUCUGCUUCCGUAUUGCACUGACGGACAACUCCUAUCUGAACAUGCGGUCAACGUCCUAACAGACCUCACGUCCAGCUUCAGAGAUUUGGCGGAAGCGGCGUCGACUCAUGCAGGGCAGGCAAAAAUAGUCGAGUUCCUGGGAAAUGAUGCGGAAAGCAUUAUCUCGUUCUGGUCGAAGGAAUAUUUGGUUGAAUGAUAGGUCUUCGCAGGCUGGUGGCUUCUUCGGUCAAGGCCAUGAUUAUAUGCUCGGAUUGGCUAUGCUAUUCAGCGUACAAAUUGGAAUUGCUCAGAGACUUAUGAGCUGAAUGGACGCAGCGCGCUUGGAGAAACCGGCUGUGCCACAUUGACGCAAGCUUAGGUAGUCUUCCGCGCCUCAACAUGAAGCGUGUUGAGAGGUUGAUAGUAGCUCAGGGUCGACCAUUACUAUUAUUAUUACAACAAAUAAACAACUGGAGAAACAAAUAGUUGUCUCG